GUGUGUGUGUGUGUGUGUGUGUGAUUCACUUUGUUUCCUCAGCUAUGCUUAUGUUGACUGAACUGUCUUAAUCUUUCUGCAUGUCUCUGUCUCUCUCUCUCUCUCUCUCUCUCUCUCUCUCUCUCUCUCUCUCUCUCUCUCUCUCUCUCUCUCUCUCUCAUGAAUUUCAUUGUAGUGUGCUUUACUGGCAUGACAAAAAAUAUUUUUGUAAUGCCCAUGAGUUUGCAGCAUUUUAAUUGCACAAGAACAAUAGCAAUAGUGCAAAUAAACAAUUAACAUAUUUAAAUAUCAAUAGAGCAAAAUUCAUCUCAUUUAUACCAACUGGUUUUAUGUAUUUGAUCAGUCAUUAGUGUUUCCUUCAUUAUUAUUACCAAUGGAAGUCAAUGGGGUUUAAUCUGCAAACAUUAAAAUACUCACUGUUUCAAAAGUAUAGACACAAUAUGUGUAUUAACAUGAUUUUACUGUGACAAUCACUUACUAACUGCAUCUGUGUAAAGUUAUAGACAAUUUUACAACUUUGUGGCCAUGAUGACAUAACAGCGUAAUCCCUAUAAUCCCGCAAAAACAAUGAUUUAAACAAUUUAACAGCUGAAAUAAUACACAAGUUUUAACAGAAGAAUUAAUGUAAGUGUUUUUAUAAAAUUAUAAGCUUCACAUUUUUGCCUUUAAACGCUCCAAAAAUGUACCCCAUUGACUUCCAUUGUAAGUGUCCCACUGGAACACACUUUGUGCUUUUUUAAAGUAAAGGAGAGACGGACUGUCACACCUGGAGUCGCGAGUUUGGAUCCGGGCGUGCUGAGUGACUCCAGCCAGGUCUCCUAAGCAACCAAAUUGUCCCGGUUGCUAGGCAGGGUAGAGUCACAUGGGGUAACCUCCUCGUGGUGGUGAUUAGUGGUUCUCUCAAUGGGGCGUGUGGUGAGUUGUGUGUGGAUCGUGGAGAGUAACAUGAGUCUCCACAUGCUGUGAGUCUCCGCGGUGUCAUGCACAACGAGUCACGUGAUCAGAUGAAGGUCUCAGAAGUGAAGGCAACUGAGACUUGUCCUCCGACACCCGGAUUGAGGCGAGCAACUGCGCCAUCAGGACCUACUAAGUAGUGGGAAUUGGGCGUUCCAAAAUUGGGAUGAAAGGGGAUAAAGAAAAAAUUAAAAAGCGACGGACGAGUCAAAAUGAAUUUGUGAAUGUGGAGGUGAAUCUCUUUUGUCAUUGAUGAUGGCGCUCCAGGCCGAUCUACAGUCUUGGUUUGGCGAGAAGUUUGAUACCCCGUUACAGAGUCCUCGCUGCCCUCGGGUUCCACGGCCCGGUCCAGGUCUGGCUGAUGUAUUCCAGUAUGACCAGUGGUUGGCGGUGCGGCACGAGGCCACACUGGUGCCCAUGCAAGAGGACCUCGCCAUCUGGCUCAGUGGCAUACUGGAUGAGGAAAUCCGAGCCGAACACUUCAUGGAGGAGCUGGAUAACGGUGCCAGACUUUGUCAUUUGGUUGGAAUUCUGCAGAGCAAAAUCCCACAGGACUCCAACAAAACACCGCUGUCAUCAAAGAAAAUUCCGUUCAAGAGAAACGCCUCCCCUGGAUCGUUUUUAGCUCGUGACAACACGGCAAAUUUUCUGUCCUGGUGCCGUCAGAUAGGAGUGGACGAGACGUAUCUGUUUGAGUCCGAGGGUUUGGUCCUGCAUAAAGAACCUCGCCAGGUGUGUUUGUGUCUGCUGGAGAUCGGACGCAUCGUUUCCAGGUAUGGGGUGGAGCCUCCGGUUUUGGUUCAAAUGGAGAAGGAAAUUGAACUGCAAGAAAGUCUAAUGAUGACUAAUGACUCCCCUCCAGUCAAAACAUUCACUGUGUGCUGUCAGCACGGUUCCCUGUACCAUGCUGAUCGUGGGGAUCCGGACGAGUCGCCCUGUAACUGCUCACAGAGCUUUUCCAUCGAGUAUUUGUCUGAGGGACGCUACAGACUGGGAGACAAGAUCCUGUUCAUCAGGAUGCUCCAUGGAAAGCACGUGAUGGUGCGUGUUGGUGGAGGUUGGGACACUCUGAAAGGGUUUCUGCUGAAAUACGACCCUGACCGUGUGUUGCAGUUCACCACUUUAGAGCAAAAGAUUCUAGCCUAUCAGAAAGGCCCGUCUGGCCCAGGCCCCACCCUCAGCACACAGAGCGCCCAGCCGCCGCCGAUGGACCCCAUCGCUGCUGUUAACCUCCUUCCAGAGUCCUCUUCCUCCUCCGCAACCUCUUUGUCCAAACCCAACACACCCGCUUCGGGCCACGCCACACCCCGCGGCUAUGCCCAGUCACCUGCUUCCACGCCCUCCCUGCCCCGGAAGGCUACAGCACCCAAAAAGACCCUUCAUAUGCCCACUGCCUCCCCCAAAACCACCCCUCUUUCCUCACCUGUCCCGAAAAGAAGCCCCCUGCCCCAGUCAGGCUUGAGCAGGGUAACUCGGAAGGUCCCCGCCCCCUCCAAAUCCAAAUUACGUCCGCGUGGAUCGCCCUCUCAGCCCCGCAGUCCAGUCUGCCCCGAACCCACCUGCAAAGUACCCAAACCUUCAGCCUCACCCUGUACCCCGCUUCCCCAAAAACCUUCCCAGCGUGACGCCCGCCCGCCUCCUGGACCCGUACGCUCACGGAUCGUGCAGCGACGCCCCCCGUCCCCUGCCUCCAGCUUGCACUUAGACUCCAGAAAAGCUCGUCCUGUUUCCCCUCGUCUGGCAGGACCUGCGAGAGCUCCGAACGACCCCAAAAAAAUGAUGGUGCCCCCUAGAGCGCCCAGCCCUCUCAUUAAAUCCACUGUAACCUGCAAGAGCAAAUCUGUAGAGCAGAGCAGAGGAGGCAUUGUGCGAACUGUUGCGCCCGUUAAUGCUAAAUCGGCUCCUCUCAGGAAACCUCUGACCAGCAGUAACCCACCCAAAGACCGUCCCACAACAGCCAGACCAGCACCUACCAAUGCCACACGGAUUAAACCCAGCAAACGUGAAGAUCCCUACUUUGAGAUGAACAACAAGAGGAGGCUAAAGAACUGAGAAUGCUGGGAAAUGUAGUCUGGUGGCGGCUAUUUUUAAAAAACAUGCAACCGCAGCACUGAGGGUUUACGGAGUAUACUUCGGUUUUUUGCAAACCUAUACGUCUCGCGCAGUGCACGUGAUGCACAUUUAUUAAUCGGCACAGUACAUGCGUUCGGAUGCCGAAAAACGAAGUAUAACAUUUAGUCAGAGAGGGCGGCAUAUUAAUGAUACGAAUGAAAACGAGGCUGUAAUAGAAGUAUAGCCUGUUCAAUUUCAUUUGGACCGUGUACAUUGUGGUGUUGAUCGUCAAGUCGACAAAACAUAAACAAAUACGUCUCUCCAAAGAUAGGCGAAAGAGGCACGGCCUCGUUUUCAUGCACGUCAAUUGAAACAUCGUCUACCCUGACUGAGAUCCAUCACCUGUUUUUGUGUCUUUGCAUUUGCAAUAAUCAAAUUAUUCUCAGGCUUUUAUUUGUGCCAUACUAAGAUCAUCAGAAUAUGCCUCGGAUCCAUUCUACCAGUACUUGACAUAUGAAAACAUACAGUUUUUUAUUUCUUCUCAAGCUACUGUAAUUAUCAUUAUUUUAGCUAAAGUUAGGACGCUUUUAUAUAGGUUUAGUUGGUUUGUUUACAUUUAAUUAUGCACGGUUAUGCACAAACUGGUACCAUCAGGAUGUGUGUUUAAUAUUUGUUACAAUCUCAUAGGUCAGUCAUUGUCAUUGUCUCCUGAUUGGGUUAUACAUGCAUCAACAAUAAUGAUUAAUAUCAUGGAUCAUUUUACUGCCGUAUAGUUACAUGUCUUCCUUCAGAAUGUCAUGCAGUAAAUGUGUGCGUUGGUUUAGACCAAUGUAUGUCCUCGUAUAUGAUGUUGCAGCAGAUGCGCCGGGUGCAUUCACAUCACGUGCAAUGGUCUGCUGUUCUGUUUAAUGUCCAUAUUUACACUCGGAGAACUGUAUUACAUAAGAGACAUAUGCACAUCCAACAGAAUUCUCUCUCAUUCUUUGUGAAGUCAUACCCCAUAAUAUUCAGAGGCACAUCUCUAUGGCAACCAAAGCGAGAUCCUUUCGUGAUUUGAUCUUUGAGCACGUUUUAACUCAUUUUUAGAGGUGUGUGUGUGUGUGUGUGUGUGUGUGUGUGUGUGUGUGUGUGUGUGUGUGUGUGUGUGUGUGUGUGUGUGUGUGUGUGUGUGUGUGUGUGUGUGUGUGUGUGUGUGUGUG